AGAAAGUAUCUGUCCCUUUUUGGUUCGAUGAUCAUGUUUCUUUAUUUUUAAAUAGACUUCAUCACCUUCAAGUUAUAAAAAUUAAGAAAGCAAGAGCAAAAUCAUAGGAGGAAAAUGGAUCAGAAGCAGAGCAUAGACAAAUUCAAAGGCAAAACAAGGUUACCCAGUUUUGCUAUUCCGAAAAGAUACGAACUUCAUUUAACACCUGAUCUCUCUUCAUGUACUUUUACUGGCACCGUCCAAAUUAGCCUCACCAUCAAUGAGAGCACCAAUUUUCUUGUCUUAAACGCCCUGGAACUUGUCAUCCAAAAUAUUCGCUUCACCAACUCUCAAGGACAGCAGCACACUCCAAGUGAUGUUGUUGUGGAUAAUGAUGAUGAGAUACUAGUCCUGGUGUUUGAUGAAACACUGAGUGUUGGAGGAGUCUUGAGGAUUGAGUUUUCUGGGAUUCUCAAUGAGCAACUUACAGGAUUAUACAAAUGCACUUAUGUUGAUGGAGGAGUGAAGAAAAACAUGGCAGUUACUCAGUUUGAGGCAGUGGAUGCAAGACGGUGUUUUCCAUGUUGGGAUGAACCUGCUCUGAAGGCAACUUUCAAGGUCACACUUACUGUGCCAUCAGAGUUAACUGCAUUAUCCAAUAUGCCAGUUGAAAAUGAAAAGCUUGAUGGGGUAUUGAAGACUCUUUAUUUUGAGAAGUCUCCUCUAAUGUCAACCUAUUUGGUGGCUGUUGUUGUUGGCCUAUUUGACUAUAACGAGGUUACAACUAUUGAUGGGGUUAAGGUUCGUGUGUAUUGUGCUGUUGGAAAGAAAGAUCAAGGGAAGCUUGCAAUGGAUAUAGCUGUGAAGUCGCUAGACAUAUUUACCAAGUACUUCUCAGUGCCUUAUCCGCUGUCUAAGCUGGAUCUAGUUGCAGUUCCUGAAUUUUCUGGUGGAGCCAUGGAGAAUUAUGGUUUGAUUGUGUACCGUGAAAAUGAACUACUUUACCAUGACCUAUACUCUACAGCUGCCAAGAAGCAAAGAAUAACAAUUGUCACAGCACAUGAAGUAGCUCACCAAUGGUUUGGCAAUCUGGUAACUAUGGAAUGGUGGACUCAUUUAUGGCUCAAUGAAGGUUUUGCAACAUGGGUAAGUUAUAUGGCCACUGACAUCUUAUUUCCAGAGUGGAACAUUUGGAGUAAGUUUCUUCUAGAUGCUGCCGAUGGUUUACGAAUGGAUGCCCUAGAAAAAUCACAUCCAAUCGAGGUAGAAAUACACCAUGCACGCUCAGUUAUUGAAAUUUUUGAUGCUGUUAGCUAUUAUAAAGGAUCCGCUGUGAUUAGAAUGUUGCAGGGUUAUCUUGGAGAUGUUGCAUUUCAGAAAUCGUUGAGCACAUACAUAGGAAGAUAUCAAGCUCAGAAUGCAAAAACAGAAGAUCUGUGGAAUGUUCUUUCAGAGAUAUCUGGUGUGCCAGCCAACUUAAUGAUGAACACUUGGACAAAGAAGGCAGGAUAUCCAGUCAUUCAUGUUGAAUUAAUAGAUGGUAUUUUGAAAUUCAAACAGUCACAAUUCCUUUUAUUUGGCCAACAUGUUGAUGGACAAUGGAUUGUUCCUAUAACCAUGUCUAUCGGUUCAUAUGAAAGACAGAAAAAAUUUCUUUUGGAGACAAGCCAUGGAAGGGUGGACAUAUCUGAACUGAUUCAAUCUAUUGGAGAUGAUACAAACUCAAAUGAAAAGAAGUAUGAGGAUGAUAGUCAAGAAAAUAUAUGGGUCAAAGUUAAUGUUGAUCAGAGUGGUUUUUAUAGGGUAAACUAUGAAGACAAGCUUGCACUUCGGCUGCGGAAAGCCAUACAACAGAACUGCUUGCUGCCUACUGAUAAAUUUGGCAUUUUGGAUGAUGGUAACGCUCUUUGCCAGGCUUGUGAACAGUCACUAUCAACUUUGCUUAUGUUGAUGGAUGUUUAUAGGAAAGACUUCGAUUAUGUUAUUGUAUCCAAGCUGAUCAACGUUUGUCUUGAUGUGCUGAAAAUCUCCAUGGAUGCCAUUCCAGAUUCAGUAAAUGAGCUGAAGCAAUAUUUUAUCAGCCUUCUCAUGUUUUCUGCAGAACAGUUAGGUUGGGAUUCUAAAUCAGGUGAAGAUCAUUCUAUUUCACUCUUGAGAGGAGAAGUUUUUCAAGCCUUGGCUACCUUUGAUCAUGAUAAAACACAGGAAGAAGCAUUACGCCGCUUUCAGAUUUUGUUAGAUGACAGAAAUACUUCUCUACUUCCAGCCAACAUUAGAAAGGUUGCUUAUGUAGCUGUAAUGAGGAAUACUACCACCGAAAAUAGGACUGGAUUGGAGUCCCUGUUGAGUUUCUAUAGGAGUACUGAUGUAUUGCAAGAAAGGGAAAAAAUUUUACGUUGUAUUGCAUCAAGUGCAGAUCCAAAUGUAGUUAUAGAGGUUCUGAAUCUUUUGCUGUCUGAUGAGAUUCCAGAUCAAGAUAUGAUUUAUGUACUAGCGGGAAUAAGCAUGGAAGGCAGUGAAGCUGCUUGGAGAUGGUUGAAGGAUAAUUGGGAAAGAAUAUUGGCCAAAUAUGGUGCUGGACUUUUACUCACCAAUUUCAUAAGGCAAAUAGUCCCACUGGUUAACAGUGAUGAAAAAGCAGAUGAAAUAGAAACAUUUUUUGCCAGUCACAUGAACCAUUCCAUCGUUAUGAAUUUGAAGUUGAGCAUCGAGCAGAUCCGUAUCAAAGCCAGAUGGAUUCGAAGUGUAGAGCAAGAGCACUCUCUGCCUGAUUUAAUCAAACAAUUAGCUCAGAGGAAAUGAUAAGCUUUUUGAAAGCACUUUUCUUUUAAGCAAAUCUUCUUGGCACAGACAGUUUUCACUACGCUGUCUAUACUUCUGCUUCUUGUGCAUUCCUAAUUUAUAGUUAUAUCCGAGUAAAUUCUUGUAUGGAAUAAUGAGUAAAUUCUUGUUUGGAAUAAUAGUUAUAUCUAUUGAAGUUUGUAUCCUCCUUAUUUGAUCGAAC